AUGAAUAAAAGGAUAUUUAGUUUAGUUUGUAUUGCCUUGUAUUCCCUUUUGGCUGGGUCAGUACACUGCUCCGAACAGAAAGUAUCUGAUGUAAGAAAUAAAAGUAUUCGUGGCACUAAAGAAAGAAACAAAAGUAACGAAAAAAAUGAUAUAGAAUAUAAACACAAAACACAAUUAAAGAAUAACAAUCCUAAAGAUGAUGAAGAUGAUAUAGGAUCUAAUUGUUUUGGUAUAUGUAAAAAAAAUAAACAAAUAAAAUAUAUAAUUAGGGAUGUACCCGUAACUUUUCCAUAUAAUCAAAUAGUUGUAACAUAUUCAAGUAAUGAAUCUCUUCCUACGGUAAAAAUGCGAAUUGGACCAAUUGAGAGUGAGUUUAUUCCAAAAAAUCAAAAACAUUUAGAAGAUAUAUUAAAAUUACAAAAAACAUUCGAAGAACUAUAUUCAAACAACGAUGAAUCUCUUCCUAAUGUGGCAAUGUGGAUGAAAGUAAUUAAGCCUGAGUUUAUUCCAAAAAAUCAAAAACAUUUAGAGUAUAUAUUACAAUUAAAAGAAUCAAUCGGGAAACUAUAUUCAAAUAGUGAUCAAUUUACUACUAAGGAAGUAUCCCUGAUGCAACAAUACCUGGAAAAAAUUCUUGAAAACAAUCCAGAACUUUUUAAGAUUUUAUUAGAAUCUAAAGAAGAAAUAGAAAAAUACCUUUCAAAAAAAAAUAAGUAA